UUGUUAAUUUUCCCUAAUUCGUGUUAUUUUUUUAACUCUAAACUUAUCUCCAGACAGCGUUGCUCCCUUCGACUAUUCAACGCAUGGGGCCAGCCAGUACCGAACGAGGAUGGCAGUGACGGGCACAAUCCUGUCCAUUUAGGUCAUGUGCGCGCCUUGCUGCGUGGAUUCAAUCUGGCAUGCGAGCAUGGCCCUUUGUGUGGAGAACCGCUACGCGGAGUGGCCUUCGUGCUCGAGGAAGUUUACGCCGAGACGCGUAAUACCCUUUCAUCCGAUGAGCUACGCCGCGAACUAGGUCUUCCAAACUCUUUCAAUGAACCGGAUUCAUCCAACUACGCAAAAGCGCCAUGCGAGCAAAUUGAGCCAUGUGGUCCGAUAUUUCCACCAGCAGCUUCUGCUGUAGAAUCCGUUUUGUCUCCAGAAGACCACAAAAUAUCUGCAUCACUUGCUUGUCUGGAUGAAGGUGUACAGACAUGCACAGUUCACUCCCCUCUUGCUUCACCCAAACGGAUGCCCACCGAAUGCAUGACGUCGCGAGGCGUCCUGAUGGCCAAGGCUCGUGUAAAAGUUCGUAAAGCCAGGGCUGCAAAAGAAGCCCGACCAGAUAAACGUCGUCAGCCAGGCAAGGCUGGCGGAGCACUAGAAAAGUCUGCAAAGCCUAGUCCCCUGACAUCGGUAGAUAAUAUUGACUGCAGGGUCGCCCUACAUGUUGCUAGUUCUGCUGAUUCCGAUUCCUAUGGUGAAACAGGUGCUGAGACUGACUCUUACGCUGACUCAGAUGAUGACCCGAUUGACUACGAAAAAUGGUUUAAAAACAGUGAACACAAUGAAAAUUUUUCAGAGUCCUCUUCUAGAACAGCUCUAAUUUCCUUGCUUACUUAA